AUGUCCUCGACGAAAAACAAGAGUCCUGAUCUCUCGUUUAUGAGAUAUCAAUUCGACGAAUUUAAAAAUACCAAGGCUCGCGAAGUCCCUUUCGAGGAAGUGGAUUAUUCAAUCUACAAAGCAUCGUCAAAUUGCAUAGCAUUUAAAACCUCGGAGAAAAGAAUCGGAACGUGGAUCAAAACAUUUUAUUACCGAUAUCACGCUGCCAACUCUGAAAUAUUUCAACAGGACGACGAAGAUUCAAAUAAUAUCGCUAGAUCACUGAUAACAUCAUGGGAAGAACAGGCUGCUUAUAAUGACAACACUAAAUGUGAGAAGAUAACUCUGAGCCUAGCAAUUCAAGAUAAAAACCAGCAAGAAAACAUUGCUACCAUAAUAAUAUAUUGCAGCACAGGAAGAAUCCAAAUUCAAGGCCGCUUACUUCAUGAGUGGGGUGAUAAAGAAUUUCCGAUAUUGAAAGAUCUUGUCGACAGAAACCCAGAAGAAUCCAGCACAUUAACAAAAGAGUUGGAAAAUUUUCUGAAAUCAUGUCUGAAUAAAUCCCAACCAACAACAGAGGAGAGUUCCAUCCCUACUUUUACCCCUGCUAAAACUGUAUCAGAAUCCUCGCCAGAACCUCAAACAAACCAAAAUCCAGCUCGUGAAUCAAUUUCAACUAUCAAAAACAAUACGGCAAACCUGGAAUUAAACUUUGUGGCAUUCCAACAAGAAGUUAUUAAAUCUUUUGAAGAUUUGAAAAAUGAAAAGAAGGAAAAAGACAAGGAAUUAGAACAGCUGAAGAAAAGAAUUUCAUCGCUGGAAGCAUCAAAUGAACUUUUGUUAAAGGAAAACACAAAUCUUGUUGCCAUCCUGAAAAAACAAACGACCAUUGAGAAGAAACUCAAAAAUAUUACUACCCAACUAGAAGAAAACCAUGGAAAAAACACCAAACAACAUGAUAGCGAAUCCUCUAGUAUGAUUGAUGCAAGUAAAAAUACUGAAAAAAUGAGAAAUACAGAGCUACACCCCCAGACUGACCCUGACCUACCAUCAACUGAAGAUACAAACACCCCAGCCACAUUCUACACCCCAGUUGACACAAGGAACCCAUUCUUAAUUCUUGAAGACGAAAAAACAGAGCCGAGACUUGAUAAUGAUAAAAUUCAAAGAGUUAAUAAAGAAGAAGCAACUUCGACAAAUAAAAUAAUUACAGAAAGCACCAUCAUCCUAUGUGAUUCCAAUGGGCACAAAUUAGAUACUAAAUUACUCUGCCCAGAUACAUCUUCAGCUUACAUCAGAUGUCCAACAAUCGAAAGUGCUGAAAAUAUCCUGAAACAACAUGACCUUAAAAAUCCAAAAACAAUUAUUCUACAUUCAGGUACAAAUGAUAUUGAAAAACGUUCAGUUGAAAGCAUUUGUAAAGACACUCAUUCACUUCUCUCCUUCAUCAAAUCGAAACACCCACAUACCCGGAUAAUUCUCUCAAGCCUACUACCUCGUAACGACUAUCUUCUUGAAAAAGCACAAAAACUUAACGAACAGCUAAUCAAAAUCUCCUCCGAAUUCACCAACACUAACCUUGUGAAACAUGAUAACCUUUUCAGGUCUACUGCCAUCCUUUACGACAAGAAACACCUCAACAGCAAAGGUGUGAAGAUAUUCGCAAAAAACCUGAAAGGUGCUUAUUUUGGUACAACAAAGAAAUACCAACCCACCAACAGAUCAUCCCACCAACAACCCUCAACAAUGUAUCAUCCAGCCAAGAAAACAACCUUCCCUCCCUUUCAUCAACCAUAUCCUAUCACCCCAACACUUCCACACUUCCAACAUCCUUCGUCCCAUCCAGCAGUCAGAACAAAUGGCAAUGCAAACCAAUGGAAUAGUUUAGUCAAUUAUAACAUUCCAGAAAAGUUGACCGAGCUGGUAACCGUCCUUCAAAGGUUCCUUCAAUAA